AUGGCUUCAAUCGCCAGCAGGUCAUCUCUCUUCGAGUCGCCGUUAGUUCCUAGAUCACCUCAGCAGUGGAAGGGCGCUCUACAGGGCGUCAAGCUUCUGUAUAUCCAGCGCCAGUACAAACAAUGUGCUGCCCGAGCCACGGAGCUGCUUGAGAAAGCAAGAGAACCACUGCAUCCCGUCUACAAGACAUAUCUCUACUUCUACAGCGCAGUUUGCUACGAGGAGAUGGGGCGAGCCGCUCACAAGUACUCCAGCACCAAGGUUCCAUUGUUGCAAGGCGCGUUAGACCGGUUUGACAUCUGCAGCACAGUUUUGCCCUCUCCCAUACCAGUAUCAAGCCGUACUUCGGAGGGGUCGGACUUCCCCUCGCUGGGAGAAUCCUCUUCGCCUUCUGAGUUUUCAAACAGUCCAUCACCCAUAUCUAGCCUUGUGACCAGCAUCACAGAUAUCAUCGACAGAACCAUUCAGUGGAAAGAAGAGGACCCGUUCAUCUCGGACAGUGAUUCCUGUUCAGAUACGGACAUUGUGGUCGUGAACAAAAUUGCCGAUGACAUAGCAAAUCACCUUCUUGUUCCUCCUCCAUUGACUUUCAGGAAGUCUUCAGAUGAGAUUCUCCCACUUACGGCAGUCACCCAUGAUCCAGGCCACACUGCAGCUCGGAGCGAGAGACCAGACCGAGCUCGUUUGCCUCCUCCACUGCCUAUAAAGAUUGUCCCUCGUACAGCCUCAGGCAAAUACAAGAGAACGGUUGAUUCACCCCUAAACAACAGAGAUUCCCGACUAUGCACAGAUGACUUACUCAUCGAUCUAAGCCAAAAGAAGAGUGAACCUGCGACCCCACACUACAGUGAUUCCAUCAGGCGCUACAAUAGUAGUAUCCGAUCUCUGCGGUCUCAAAUCGACUCGAGCAUGAACUCAAUUCAUGUGCUGAUUGAUGAAGUCGAAGAGAAGCAGCAUACCCGCAAAAUGGCCAAGACUAUCAAGCGAUCGGCAUCUUUCUGGAGUUUCAGUCCUAUCAAAGGUGGUGAUGGAUGCUGGGAGAAAGCUGAAGUUCCGAAACGUUCCCCGGGCAAAGAGACUAAGCAGGAGAGAAUUGAACGACUAGGCAAUGAAGGAUGGAAGACUGUGGGACUGCGAUCUGCAGCGCGAGGAUGGAAAGGAGGAGAGUACUACAAGGCCUAUUGCAGUUCUAUUUUGGAUGAGCUUUACUUGGAGUCGUGA